CAGAUCUGAAACUAUGAGAUUUCAUUUCCCUCCUGAGCAAAGAUGAAUCUACGAGUCUCUGUUGUGCUUCUUUUGAUUUUUCUCACUGGAGGACACUCUCUCAAAUGUUAUUUGUGCACAUUUAAUCCAAAAACGGGUUCUUGUGAUGGAACAACGAUGACAUGUCCCAUUGGAGGUUCCAAAUGUGGAAGUGUAAUAACGGAACAAUCCAUUGAUUCCGUUGAGGGGUCUUUCACAGCUAAGGCUUGUGUACCCGUAUGUACACCUGGAACCCAAAAGCUCCCAAAUGGAGGAACAGUUUCUGUCAAGUGCUGUGACACUGAUCUCUGCAAUGGCACAGAUGGAAUCAAUAAGGGCAGUUUCUUGCUUCUUUUGUCGCCUCUGUUCUUCCACAUCCUGUUGCACUGAGUGACACAACCACAGUGAAGACAACAUACAACCACCACAACCACAGAAUAUAGAGAUUAUUUAAUGAAUAAUUUUGCAUUACUAAAUAGAGCUUGUUUGUUUCGUAUCCUCACAAUCACAAUGGAAGGAACUCAACUCAAACUAUUAACAGGAAGAAAAAAAACACAUUUUCUGAUCCAUGUAAAAUGUACAAAACCUUUAUUUCCAGAAAAAAUCUAAUUAAACUGCUGAAAUAAAAGAUUUACUCACA